CGUUAGGAAAACAUGUAAUAUGUUGCUAUAGACUAGAGCACAUCACUUCUGUGCUCCCGGGCUCCUGCCUGCGUCACGCUAAGGGGCGAAGCGAAAGCACCAGCCUAUACGUUAUUGUAACAGUGAAGCGCCAGGGCUCACCUCCCAUUACCCAAAAUGCUUUGCAGCGCCAGCCUCCCACUUUGACCUGUGCUGCUGUGCUAAACAUCCGGGCUAUCGGGACUGUACAGGGAAAGAUGGCGGCCACGUUACUACCCGCUGAUUGGAUAAAGAACUGGGAAAAAUCAGGAAAAAACGACUUCUUGCAACUAUGCCGCAGCCUCAGUGAAAAAGGCCAGGAAUUCGUUACAUUCACAGAAAUUCAGCAGGUCCUGUAUGAAUUUGCAUGUCAAGUUGUUAAAGGAAAUUUGAAGUACGAUCAAGUUGCUGGCGUUUUUGCUGAAAUAAUAGCCCUCAGAGAUGACAUGCCCUCAAUCUUAGCAGAUGUAUUUUGUAUUUUGGAUGUAGAAACAAGCUGUUUGGAAGAAAAAUGGAGAAGAGACCAUUUUACCCAACUAGUAUCAUCCUGUUUGUAUUUAGUCUCAGACACGAUUCUGAAAGAGCGCCUAGAUCCAGACACGCUGGAAUCCCUGGGGCUUAUCAAACAGUCACAACAGUUCAACCAGAAAUCUGUGAAAAUAAAGACCAAACUUUUUUAUAAGCAACAGAAAUUUAAUUUAUUACGUGAAGAAAAUGAAGGCUAUGCAAAGCUGAUCACAGAACUUGGACAAGAUCUUUCGGGAAGCAUAACCAGUGAUUUAAUUCUUGAAAAUAUUAAGUCUUUAAUCGGUUGCUUUAACCUGGACCCCAACAGAGUGCUGGAUAUCAUUUUAGAAGUGUACGAAUGUCGACCAGACCAUGAUGAUUUUUUUGCGCCAUUGAUUGAAUCAUACAUGUGCAUGUGUGAACCUCAAACACUGUGUCAUAUCCUUGGGUUUAAAUUCAAGUUUUAUCAGGAGCCCAGUGGAGAAACCCCUUCUUCUUUGUACAGAGUAGCGGCUGUGCUUUUGCAAAACAAUCUCAUUGAACUAGAGGAUCUUUAUGUGCAUCUUCUUCCAGCAGAGAGUAGCAUUAUUGAGGAGUACAAGAAGGAAGUGAUAGAGGCCAAGCAGAUUGUCAGAAAACUUACCAUGGUGGUCUUGUCCUCUGAUAAAGGCGAAGAAAAGGAAAAAGAAAAGGAUGAAGAGAAGACAGAAAAGCCUCCUGACAACCAAAAGCUAGGCUUGUUGGAAUCCCUACUGAGGAUUGGCGACUGGCAACAUGCGCAAAGUAUUAUGGAUCAGAUGCCUCCAUAUUAUGCUGCUUCACACAAACCAAUUGCCGUGGCUCUGUGUGAUCUAAUUCAUAAAACUAUUGAACCGCUUUAUCGAAGAAUGGGGGUACCCAAAGGUGCCAAAGGAUCUCGUAUUGUUCCCUUACAAAGCAAGAGAGCCCCAAAGCAAGCAGAAUCAUUUGAAGACUUACGGAGAGAUGCCUUCACUAUGCUUUGCUACCUGGGCCCACAUCUUUCUCAUGACCCUAUAUUGCUUGCGAAAGUAGUUAGGCUUGGAAAAGCAUUAAUGAAAGAGUCACAGUCUGAGACGAACGCAGAAGAAAAAGAAAGGAUGGAGGUUUUAUUCAGUUGCUUGCUCAGCGUUACAGACCAAGUGUUACUACCUGCUAUUACUUUAUUGGAUGGCAACGCCUGUAUGUCGGAAGAACUUUGGGGAAUGUUCAAAUGCUUUCCUUACCAAUACAGAUAUCGUCUGUAUGGUCAGUGGAAGAAUGAAACAUACAACAGCCACCCGUUGCUGGUCAAAGUUAAGGCACAAACAAUUGACAGAGCCAAGUACAUCAUGAAACGUCUGACAAAAGAAAACGUCAAGCCAUCAGGAAGACAAAUAGGAAAACUAAGCCAUAGCAAUCCAACCAUUCUGUUUGAUUAUAUUCUUUCGCAGAUCCAAAAGUAUGACAACCUCAUCACACCAGUUGUUGAUUCGCUGAAAUACCUAACUUCACUAAAUUAUGAUGUCCUGGCUUACUGCAUAAUAGAAGCUCUUGCUAAUCCAGAAAAAGAGAAGAUGAAGCAUGAUGACACCACUAUUUCUAGCUGGUUGCAGAGUUUAGCUAGCUUUUGCGGAGCAAUUUUCCGAAAAUAUCCUAUAGAACUAGGUGGUCUUCUGCAGUAUGUGGCUAAUCAGUUGAAAGCUGGCAAAAGCUUUGAUUUACUGAUUUUGAAAGAGGUAGUGCAAAAGAUGGCUGGAAUCGAAAUCACUGAGGAAAUGACAAUGGAACAACUAGAGGCAGUGACUGGUGGAGAGCAGCUAAAAGCUGAGGGUGGUUAUUUUGGACAAAUAAGAAACACAAAGAAAUCAUCUCAGAGAUUAAAAGAUUCCUUGCUGGAGUAUGAAUUGGCUCUUCCUUUGUGUCUGCUUAUGGCCCAGCAGAGGAACGGCGUAGUAUUCCAAGAGGGGGGAGAGAAACACUUAAAGCUGGUGGGAAAACUGUAUGAUCAGUGUCAUGAUACUCUGGUGCAGUUUGGAGGAUUUUUGGCUUCCAAUUUGAGCACAGAAGAUUAUAUCAAAAGAGUUCCAUCCAUUGAUGUUCUUUGCAAUGAAUUCCACACACCUCAUGAUGCUGCUUUCUUCUUAUCCAGGCCUAUGUAUGCUCAUCACAUUUCAUCUAAAUAUGAUGAGCUUAAAAAGGCAGAGAAAGGAAACAAGCAGCAGCACAAAGUGCACAAGUAUAUCACAUCGUGCGAACUGGUCAUGUCUCCUGUGCAUGAAGCCGUGAUAUCUUUGCACCCACCUAAAGUGUGGGAAGACAUCAGCCCUCAGUUUUACUCCACCUUCUGGUCCCUGACCAUGUACGACCUCUCUGUCCCAAGCAACAGCUACAGCAGAGAAAUCAACAAACUGAAAAGCCAGAUGAGAGCCAUAGAUGAAAACAUGGAUAUGCCCCCAAACAAAAAGAAAAAAGAAAAGGAGAGAUGCACUGCCCUGCAAGAGAAGCUUGUGGAGGAGGAGAAGAAACAGUCUGAACACGUGGCUCGAGUUCUACAGAGGAUGAAGCUAGAAAAAGAUAACUGGCUUUUAGCCCGAUCCACAAAAAAUGAGACAAUCACCAAAUUUUUGCAGCUUUGUAUAUUUCCUCGCUGUAUUUUCUCAGCCAUUGACGCUGUGUACUGCGCUCGGUUUGUAGAACUUGUUCACCUUCAGAAAACACCAAACUUUUCUACCCUGCUCUGUUAUGAUAGAGUUUUCUCAGACAUCAUUUACACGGUGGCAAGUUGUACAGAGAACGAGGCUAGCCGAUAUGGGAGAUUUCUGUGCUGUAUGCUGGAGACCGUAACAAAAUGGCAUAGUGAUAGAAAUGUGUAUGACAAGGAUUGCGGCAGUUAUCCAGGCUUUGUAACAAUACUAAGGGCAGCCAGCUUUGAUAGCGGCAACAAAGCUGACCAGCUGGAUUAUGAGAAUUUCCGUCAUGUGGUGCACAAAUGGCAUUAUAAAUUGACGAAGGCGUCUGUCCAUUGCCUUGAGACAGGGGAAUACACCCACAUCAGGAAUAUCCUUAUUGUGCUGACUAAGAUCCUGCCAUGGUAUCCUAAGGUUCUGAACUUGGGCCAAGCUCUGGAGCGCAGAGUCCACAAAAUAUGCCAAGAUGAGAAGGAAAAAAGGCCUGAUCUCUAUGCGUUGGCUAUGGGCUACUCUGGGCAGUUGAAAAGCAGGAAAAAUUUCAUGGUGCCUGAAAAUGAUUUCCAUCACAAAGAUCCCCCUGUAAGGAGCUCCGUGCCACCCCCAGUACAAAAUGGACCAGGCACUGUUAGCCAGUCUGCUUCCAUGUUGGUGAAUGCAGCUAAACCAGAAGAAGGCACUACUGAGGAAACCGACAAACUCAAGGAAAAAGCUCAGAGUGCUCUGAAAGUUGUUACUAAAGCUGCCAGCACAGCACCAAAGGUGACUGCAAGCAAUGGGAACAGCACUUCUGCUAGCAAAGUGCUUAAAGAAAAAGAAGACAAAGAUAAAACUGGGAAAGAAAAAGAGAAAGACAAACGAGAGAAAACACCAGUUGCACCUCUUGAGACCAAGGCACCAGGAAAGGAGGCGAAAGAAAAAGUAAAGGAAGACCGUCCGAAUAAAGAUGAAAAGCUGCGUGAUGUCAAGGAGAAGACUCCUAAAGCUGACAAAGAAAAGGAGAAGGCCAAGAAGGAAGAAAAAUCUCAGAAGGAAGAAAAAUCUAAGGCAAUUAUGAUGAGCAACGAGUCCAAAAUCUCUUCAGAUAAAGAGAGAGAGAGGGAGCUCUCCAGAGAGAAAGAGGCAUUGAAAGAAGCAAAAACCAAGGAGAGUUCCAAAUCCGCAGAGAAAUCGGCUGUUUCUGGGUCCUUGAAGUCUCCUGUUCCCCGUACAGACAUGCCUGAAACUGAGAGGGAACAAAAACGACGCAAAAUUGAUACACAUUCUUCUCCAUCGCAUUCCUCAGCAGUAAAGGACAACCUCAGUGAAUUUAAGGACUCUUCAACCAAGCACUACACAAACCACACUACCCCAACAAUAUCCAAAAAUAAGGAGAAAGAAGUGGAGAAGAAAGAGCUGGAGAAAUCACGAGAGAGGUCGCGCGAAAGAGAGAAGAAAGAGGAAAAAGAACGGAAGGAAAAGAAGAGGGAUCACUCAAAUGGCGACCGUGAAUUGAUGCAGGAAUCAAAGCGCCGCAAAGAAGAAAACGGAACCGGCAGUUCCUCGAAACACAGUAAGAGCGAAAGUCCUUCUGACUCCCCUCGAUCCAAUGAGAAAGAGCGCAAUAAAUCAAAAUCAUCAAGUAAAGAGAAAGGGGAUUUCAUGAAAUCAGAAAAAAUGGAAAAAAGCAGUUCUGGCAGCAAGAAGGAAUCCAGACAUGACAAGGAAAAGUCUGAGAAAAAAGAAAAACGUGAGAGCACAGGAGGAAAGGAGGAGAAAAAGCACCAUAAAUCUUCAGACAAGCACAGAUAAUAAAGAAGACGAACUUAAGGGGUUUGCUGCGACUCAAGACUCCAUGACGAUGGACAGAUGGAUUGGAAGUGAGAAGAAGGCCAGCCAUUACCACAAUGAUUUGCACAAAUACAUUGUUAAGAAAGAAGGGCCCCCUCUUUUCCAUCAGCCUAAACCAUUCAUUUAAUGACGUUUUGCUUUUCCCAACCUACAGUCAAUGUUUUCUGUAUUUUAAAUUCUUUGUUGUGUUUUUUCCCCAAACCCCCUCCCCCCCCUGCACAUUAAUUUUCAGUUGAGGACUGAAAGUAUAUGCCUGUUCCAUAUUAAGCACAAUGUGCUCCAGACAGACAGUUGCUGCAGUGGAAAUGCGUUGACUGAUGCUUGUACAGCUUUUCACAUUAGGUCGUCUGAAUACUGCCUGAAAAAUUCGUAAGAAAAAAAAAACUGCAGUUUGAAUGCAUCAUUUUUAAUAGUGCAACAAUAAACGAUUAUUCAACUUUUUUUUUUUUCAAAUUUACCUCAUUUAAAGUCAGAUUUUAUUUAUUAUUUGGCUUGUAAGUAAGACAUGGGAGCACUGUUUCUUGCUAAUGAUUAGGAAAUGUUUGUAUAUUAUGUGUAGACAAUAAAUGAGGAACUAAAGACAUGUAACUAUCUAAUGUCUCUUCCACGCCUUCUCAUUUUUUUCCUUCCUGUUUUUAAAUAAACUCCGGGAGAACCCACCUCUGCCCUGACAGAUUACGAGUACAGUUACACAACCACAGGAUCUUUGUAUCACGGAACUUUAGUCUGGAAAGUUUCAAAGACUUUUUUUAAAAGAAAUUUUUAUCUGCUGAAUUCUACCAGUGUAAGCUUUCUUUUCUAAAUAAACAAUAGUUUUCUCAA